AGCCUCACACUUUCUCCCCGUUUUGUAACUUUCGGGUCUGGGAUGUAGGAAUAAAGCCCGGUGCUGGGACCAAGAAAGGGUGCGUGUUUGCAGCGACUGGGCUGCUUGCUGGAGAACUUCCCGCCAGCGCUGGGCGGCUGGGGCCAAGUGGGGAGCGGACAGGCAGGCGGGCAGGUGGCCCCGGGCCGCCGCGCCCGCGCCUUGGCUCUGCCCCCUGGAGCCAAGCGAGCCUCUGCUCCCUCGUGGUGCGAGGGCGGUGAUGUUUUUCCUCCCACCCACUUUUGAGUCCCCCCUCCCCCUUCGCGCGCACUCAAGUUCUCGCCACAACCUGCGAGCCCCAGACCUCGGAGGAGCGCCCCAGGGAGCUCAGAGCGCGUGCAAGCGUGGCAGAAGAAGGCCAGUGCCCAGCUUUAGUCUACCACUCCUCAGAGUUUCUGAAUUGCCGUUUGCAGUAGCUCAAAGGAGAAGAAAGUGGAAGAUGGAAGGCAUGAAAUAUAUCGUUUCCUUGUUUUUCUUCUUUGUUUUCCUAGGAGGAAGCAAAACAGAACAAGGAAAACACUCAGAGACACAUUGCAUGUUUCAAGACAAGAAGUAUAGAGUGGGUGAGAAAUGGCAUCCCUACCUGGAACCAUAUGGCCUGGUUUACUGUGUGAACUGCAUCUGCUCAGAGAAUGGGAAUGUGCUUUGCAGCCGAGUCAGAUGUCCAAGUCUUCAUUGCCUUUCACCUGUGCAUAUUCCUCAUCUGUGUUGCCCUCGUUGCCCAGACUCUUUACCACCGGUGAACAACAAGGUGACCAGCAAGUCAUGUGAAUACAAUGGAACCACUUACCAACAUGGAGAACUGUUCAUGGCUGAAGGGCUCUUUCAGAACCGGCAACCCAAUCAAUGCAGUCAGUGUAGCUGCUCGGAAGGGAAUGUGUACUGUGGUCUCAAGACUUGCCCCAAACUGACCUGCGCAUUCCCAGUCUCAGUUCCAGAUUCUUGCUGCCGAGUAUGCAGAGGGGAUGGAGAAUUAUCGUGGGAACAUUCGGAUGGUGAUAUCUUCCGGCAACCCGCCAACAGAGAAGCAAGACAUUCUUACCUCCGUUCUCCCUACGAUCCUCCUCCAAGCAGACAAGCUGGAGGUCUUCCCCGCUUUCCUGGGAGCAGAAGUCACCGCGGAGCUGUUAUAGAUUCCCAGCAAGCAUCAGGGACCAUCGUGCAGAUUGUCAUCAAUAACAAGCACAAACAUGGACAAGUGUGUGUUUCCAAUGGAAAGACCUAUUCCCAUGGAGAGUCCUGGCACCCAAAUCUACGAGCAUUUGGCAUUGUGGAAUGUGUACUAUGCACUUGUAAUGUCACCAAGCAGGAAUGUAAGAAAAUCCACUGCCCCAAUCGAUAUCCCUGCAAGUAUCCUCAAAAAAUAGAUGGAAAGUGCUGCAAGGUGUGCCCAGAAGAACCUCCAAGCCAAAACUUUGACAGCAGAGGUUCCUUUUGUGGAGAAGAAACCAUGCCUGUAUAUGAGUCUGUGUUCAUGGAGGAUGGAGAGACAACCAGAAAAGUAGCACUGGAGACCGAGAGACCACCUCAAGUAGAGGUCCAUGUUUGGACUAUUCGAAAGGGCAUCCUCCAGCACUUCCACAUUGAGAAGAUUUCCAAGAGGAUGUUUGGCGAGCUCCAUCAUUUCAAGCUGGUGACUCGGACCACCUUGAACAAGUGGAAGAUCUUCACUGAAGGAGCAGCUCAGCUCAGCCAGAUGUGCUCAAGUCGGGUGUGCAGAACAGAACUGGAAGAUUUGGUCCAGGUUUUGUACCUGGAGAGACCUGAAAAGGACCACUGUUAGACAAAACAGCCAGGAUUGGAUAGUGUCAAUCAAGGAAACCCAAGCUGCAGCUGGACUGCCGGCUUACUUUGCUUAAGUCAACAGCACUCCAAAACCCCAAAGUCAACCUCAGUCAAAUUAUCCACGCCAGCCACAGCAAACCUUGUUCCUCUAUGUGCAGUGCUGUGCCAGCCCUCAAACAUCGCCUGUAAAGAGAAGAGAGGACUCUUUAAUGGUUUCUGGAGGGAGAAGGGAUAGGAUUUUGUGGUGCAGCUCUAGUUUCUCUGAGAAUCACUUUUAUUUGCAGGUUAAAGUAAAAAAGAAGAACAUUUUUAGGGAUUCUAUGUAGAAAGUCCCAAGAAAGAGAAAGAUAUUGCUCAGUUUGAGAUGGGUCAUGUCAAACAAUCAUUUGUAUGAAAUUCUUUUUGAAUGUUCAAAUGUCUGUCAUUCUUUUUUAAAAAAAGUUAUUCAGUGGGUGGCAACACAGUCAGAUGGUUAUAGAGCACAUACCUAGCGUAUGUGGAGCCAGAACUGACAAAAAAUGUCCAUCCUCAUUAUCUCAUGUGUACACACACACACACACACACACACACACACACUGCACAUGUAACUUCCCUUCUUCUUCUUCUUUCUGGCUCCUAAACACCUUUAAGGUUGUUGAUAUCCAGGGAAACAAACUAAAAAUGUAUGCAAAAAAAUCUCUGCCCUCAAGCCUUUAAGGCAGGUUUUAAGUAAUCAGCCAUAGCCCUAGGGUGAAGAACCGCCAAGCCUUUUGUGGGUCUUGUUCCCUUUGAAGUGCUAAAUUCAUUUUUCCCAAUAAUACCACUUCCCUUCCCAUAUCUGAACCUAUGGCACCUCCAUUAGGAAGGUAGAAUUUGGAGAAAUCAUCAGAAACUAAACUUAUUCCAAACAAAAUAACUGUAGAAGGACACAACUGAUAAAAAUAAAGUAGCCCAUUUUUUUCACAGCUCUAUGGGCUGAUGAACUAAUGAUGCUCACCUAUUUUCUUGAGGUAAUAGUCACCUAGCCAAACACUGUAGGUUGGCACUUUUAUUCUAAAAGCCUUUUUAAGGGUAAUCUUCCUUCCCUGAUUACAGGGAAAUUUUACUUUUCAAAGAGACUCAGUCCUUAUGAGCUUCUCAACGUUGGUUUUUCUGUUAAGAGUUACUGUUCAUUCAGGGAGCUGAGAAUUCUGGCAAAGAUCUUUGUUCCAGCCCUUCCUACUGUCCUUCCUUGCCUUAUUCUUAGCAUGGGUUGCACUGAGGAUUUUAGAGCAGGCUGCUUCUGAAGUGAUUGUUUGCAGCCCAAUUCCUCAGCAUCAAUAAUCCUUUCUGAUGGUUGGCUUUAGAAAGCACCUUUUGGAAAAAAAAAAACCUAUAAAUAUCUCUUAGCAAGGAUCAUAGGCCCGCUUUCUGGGUUUGCCCCUAUGAGGAUCAUGAAUGAGCUCACAUGAGUACUAAGAAAUUCGAAGACUAAGAAAUCCCAUAUUUCCCACUCUAGGUGAGAGAACAUGAUAGGAAAAAGUGUGAAGAGUCUGAUCUGUACUAGAACCUGACAGAGAAGGGAAAGUUCUUAUAAAAGAGACACCAGGCUUUGGGGCCAGGGCUUCAUGAGACAAACUUCUUGUCAGCCAAUCACACAUCCUCCUCAGAAGAGGGGCAUAGGGCAUCCUGGGCUGCAAAACCACAGAACAUUAUUGAACAUGUGAUGGAGCAAUGCCAACCCUCUGCUGCAUCCCUCUAGGAGGAAAGAAUAUUUCCAGAGUGUGGAGAUCAGUAACCACAUCCUGAAGGAAAGCGGCGAUUCCCCUGCUAGAUGAUUCACCCACAAACCUUCCCAGACAGGUGUUCUCUGAAAGCUUAGCCUCAAGGGAACACCUAAAGAGCUUCCCUACAUAGACUUCUGAGUCCAGGUGCAGGAACACACCUUUCUAAAGUGCUGUGGGAAGCAGGAACUGGGGAGCUGUGCUAAGUCCAUGUAGAAAUUCUCCAGUAAUUUGGUGUUGGUUAGAGUAUAGAGCAUAGGGAAAGAGUCCAAACUGCCUGUACUUUGCAGAGAAGAAUGGAUGCUGUUCUUUUGUAUAUUUAUUUGUAUCAUAAACACUUGGGAAAGCAAAGACCAUAAGCACCAUUUUGCAGUUUUAUCCAUUUUCCACAUGUAACCAAGUAUGAAUAACACAACAAUAUUACCCCUUCACUCUUCUCACAGGACACGUACCCAAAUAUGGUACUUAUUUAUGUAGUCACUGUGUUUCUGG